GCCGGGCGCGCGGGGGUCGGGGCGCGGGCGCGGGCGCACGCACCUUGGCCGGGAGCGCGCGGCCCGGGCCAGGUUGCCCGGCGGGCGUGAUAAAGGCCCGGGCGGGAGUGAUGCUACCCAGCGAGAGGAGUGUCCGCUGGGGCAGGACAAACAUCCCGGGAGCGCGGCGAUCCGCGUCCAUCCCGGUAGACCGGCCGGCGGGGCGCGGAGCCCGGGCUGGAGCCCUCUCCUGCUUCCCCGCCGCUGCCCAGCGAGUCCCCGCUGGCCAGCGCGCUCUUCCGGGGCCGGGCCGAGGGCCGAGGGCUGAGGGCCGUCCGUUGAGCCUGGCGCAGAAGCGACCCGGAGGGUCACCCCAGACUCUGUAAUGGGGGGCUGGGGGCGGGGCGGGUGGGGGCCGGCCGCAGUCUGGUCCGGAGCCCGGGCGGGGGCCGCGGGGCGCAAAGGCCUGCGGGAGGGUCCGUACCCCCUGGGUUCUGGGGGGUCUCCAGCGUGUGUGUGCUGUGGGGAGCGGGGGUCUCGGACGGGCUCCUGGUGUCCCCGCGAGCUGAGACCGCCCGACUCGCCACCUGGAGCUGCCGUCACCCCCUCUAGCCCCUCCGCGCGUCUGCGCUCCCCACCGCGCCCUCGGCGGGCCGGGAGAGAGGGGGUCGCUCCCUGGCUGCGCUCCGUCCCGGGGUCGCCCUGAAAAUCGCCUCCAGCUCCGGGGCCGCCGCCGCCGCCGCCGGCUCGGGGCCCCCCGAGCGAGAGCAGGACGAUGCUGCGGCGCCUGGUGCCCCGGUGGAGCGUCCUGGUGUUCCUGCUGAGCUACUCCGUGCCCUCCUGCGGGCGCUCGGUGGAGGAGCUCGGCCGCCGGCUCAAACGAGCAGUGUCGGAGCACCAGCUCAUGCAUGACAAGGCCAAGUCCAUCCAGGACCUGAGGCGCCGCAACUUCCUCCACAACCUCAUCUCCGAGAUCCACACGGCCGAGAUCAGAACCACCUCCGCGGUCUCCCCCAACUCCAAGCCUGCCCCCAACAACAAGCACCACGUCCUCCGAUUCACCCUGGACGAGGAGGGCCGCUACCUCACGCAGGAGACCAACAAGGUGGAGCAGCCGCUGAAGACGGCCCGCAUGAAGAAGAAGAGCAAGCUGGGCAAGCGCAGGGAGCAGGAGAAGCGGCGGCGGCGGAUACGCGCGGCCGGGCCCAGCCCCGCGGCCAGCAGCGAGCUGCCGGGGGGCCGCCCGGCCAACGGGGACAUCUCGGCCUCGCCGGGGGAGCCCGACUCACGGAGACACUGAAAUUCUUACAAGACCUGCAGAGGACAUAUUGCAGAAUUCUGUAAUAAUGAACAUAUGGAAAGUAUUAGAAAUAUUUAUUACCUGUAAAUACUGUAAAUGCAUUGGAACAAAGCUGCCUCCCCAUUACUCUAUGAAACUACGCAUUGGUCACUGAGAAUAUUUUGUUUUGCCAAGGCUAACCCAGUGAUUAUUAUCACAUUUACCAUAAUUUAUUUUGUCAACUGAUGUAUUUAUUUUGUAAAUGUAUCUUGGUGCUGCUGAAUUUCUAUAUUUUUUGUAACAUAAUGCACUUUAGAUAUACAUAUCAAGUAUGUUGAUCAAUGACACAAAAGAGUGUCUAUAUUUUGUGGUUAAUUUUAAUGAACGCCUAAAUAUAAUUAUCCAAACUGGUUUUUCCUCUGUGCAUGUAUAAAUAGUAGUAUUUUAAUUUGUAAAGAAUGUCUAAUAAAAUAUAAUCUAA